AGGAUUAGUUGCUGUUAUUGUAUCAUACAUCUCUCAUUUGAACUGCAGCAUCUUGUUUUCAUCUUCGAUUCACGGACGGGAUGCCUACAUCGAGUCACCAGCGCCGCACACACAUCAUCCGCCCAUGCGAUGUCACCAAUGCGCAUUCGCAAAUUGCGCGCUCAUUCAAACAACCGCCCACAUCGAUGUUGAGCACUAGUCUCUUCAGAUCAGUCGACAAGACGACGAUCUUUGUUUACUUUGCUUUGCAUUUCGCAUAUACCCUUUCCGUUUCUUGCAUCUGGGUUGCAUUAAGGCCAUCGGCGCAGGACCAUACAGGAGCUUGCCUGUGAGCCUGCGGCCACGGCAUCUGGAGCAACACUUCGGCGAUAUCCUAGAUUUGUUUUUCUUACCCGAGCUUCAUUGCUCCGUCAUUUUGACACCUGUUGUAUUCUCAUUAUC